AUGAUUUCAUCACAUUCUGAGGAUAAUGAUUCCUCAUUAGGCUCAAGGGAUUCUGGCGGCAGUCGGACCAGCCCACUUAGCGACAGAUAUCAGAUACGUCCACCCGGUGCUCUACACAAGGAGUCCGCGUUGAAAGAUGAUAUGAAUGAAGAAUAUUUGCCUCAAGUUGAUGGAGGCGUUCAUGCAUGGCUAUUUCUUCUAGCCGCUACUAUGCUGGAAGCAUUAGUAUGGGGAUACGCCUUCUCAUUUGGCGUUUUCCAGGAUUAUUAUAGUGUGCACGAGCCAUUCAAAGAAUCUAAAAACAUAGCAGUGAUUGGAACAUGUGCUAUGGGGAUCGCAUACUUACUUGCUCCUUUUACGAUUAUGAUGAUGAUUUUGAUUCCCCGAAUCGCCCGUUGGGUUUCAACAGUGGGCAUUGUAAUUGUCUGUGUUUCCCUAGCACUGAGUUCAUUCGCUUCCAACACCACACAACUUAUUCUGGCCCAAGGGGUGGCUUAUGGAAUCGGUGCAUGCUUCUCAUAUACACCAUCUAUUUUAUAUAUGUCAGAAUGGUUUGUAAAACGCAAAGGGUUGGCAUUUGGGAUCUCUCUGGCUGGAUCAGGAGUCUCUGGAGUCAUAUUCCCUCCACUUAUAGGAUGGCUUCUGGGUAGAUAUGGAGUCGAAACGACUUUACGAGUUUCUGCCGUUACUUUGUUUAUUCUGGCUGUACCGUUCCUUUACUGGCACAAGCCUCGACGGCCACCUUCCAAUACACCCAGCUAUGAUAGACUCAACCUGAGAUUUCUAUACAGCAGAGAGUACAACAUAUACCAGCUUGGAAAUACUGUCGAAGCACUGGGAUUCUUCCUGCCAACAAUCUAUCUCCCCACCUAUGCCCGCAACCUAGGGGCAAGCGAGGUGGUAUGUUCGCUCACUGUCACAUUGAUCAAUCUGUCGUGGGUCUUUAGUUCCGUUAUUAUGGGAUUUCUCUCUGAUCGCUACCAUUGCACCACAUGUAUCCUCAUUUCAACCGUUGGCACGGUUUUGGCGGUGUUUUUCCUCUGGGGAUUUGCUAUGAACGUUCCAAUCCUCUACCUUUUUUGCGUUGCAUAUGGACUCCUGGCGGGCGGAUAUACGGCGACGUGGGCUGGAGUGGCUGAAGAAAUUGGGCGGGCUAACCCAGCAGCUGAUGUGAGCGUCAUCUAUCCAUUCAUGGAGUUCGGAAGAGGGCUUGGUAAUUUGGUUAGUGGACCGCUUAGUGAGGCGUUGCUCAAGGCGGAUAACUGGCAAGGCUCUGCAUAUGGCGUUUAUGGGAGUGGCUAUGGCACACUUGUUGUUUGUACAGGGGCCACAGCGCUACUAGGUGGCGUGUCAAUUGCCGCACGGCAAUUCAAGUGGGUAUGA